UAUGUUUGCCAAUAUGUAGUCAUUUUCUUAAUUGGUGCAUGCUUAUUAGUAACUGGGAUAAGCAAUUUCAUAAAUGUGUCAAGUGUAGUGUCUAGUUGCUUCUCAUUACACACCAAGAAACCAACACCUAUUAUUUACACCACUGACAUAGGAAUCACUGCCAAACAUAUUUUAUGACCUCUUAUACACAGCUGUGGCUGUAGGCCUUUAUGAAACUGAGAAAAUCAGGCAUAGUCUAGUUUCUAGGCUAUAUCCUAUAAUAUAUAAAGCAAUUAAAAUGCUGAUUUCCUCCAGACAUAGACCUUGCCUCGACCUUGCCUACAUGAAUUAAAAGGUACACAACUUCUUUAGUAUAAAUCCGAUAUUGUUUUAACCAAUUCUGUGCACACACAGCACUAGUCAGCCGAUCAAAUAGGCUACAUGUUCUAGCAAAACCUUUGUUUCGUUAAAGAUUCACUAGGCCUCGGCUACUGUGCCAUCACACCUUUCCCUUUUAUAUUCUUUCCCAAGCCUAUCCUUUUCGUUUGAACUGUGUAAAAACAUGACCUUGUUGAUAUCGUGCAAGUUUUGAUAAGGUCAACAGGUGGUAUGUUUUCAUUUUAUUUGGCUGUUGGGUCAAUUUAAUAACCACAAUUUGUCGCCUUCAUUCCAGUCCAUUAUUUAAAAAAUGUAGUUGCCAUAUUAAACGCAACGUUAACACAGUGCAGACAAAUUGCAUAUUGUUAUAUAAUCCUUUCAAUGCGUAAUGUAUUCACUUAUUGAACGUCAUUCAGAUAGGCGAUUUCUAGUUUACAAAACGAGCGUCCCCAACAGGGAAGUGUUUCGUAGCAGGGGAUAGUGUGAACUCAGCAACGGCAAAGGGAAGGGACAGAUUCAAAGUUACUGUCAAGUCUGCGUGAUGUUCAUCUGUUCAGAACUGUUACACUGCUAAAUUCAUACACGGUUGAGUCAGAUGGUCUUUCCAGGUUGUGCUGUGGUCUCCAGGAGCGGAUCCGUGGAACAUUGCCAUCAUCGGAGCAACGGAAGCCCACUAAACGGAUUAUCUUCCAUUCAAGUCAGUGAAUGAAGGACAAUCAAUGAAUGCACAAAGAUUCAUUUCUCAUUGGACCAACCAGGAAUGACCUGUCUUGUACUAUAGUUUCAUAUACAAUUGGAACGUCAGUAGAUGGAAACAGAAAGACCCUCAACUUGAACGGACUAAAACUCCUGAAAGCUUCUCCUACACAACCACCAUUUAGGAUUGUCUCAACUGUUCUUUUGGUUGUUUUCACCUGGCCACAUCCAAAAUGUCUGAGGCUGACUUCCAGAGACUUGAGCUGUUUAACACGACCCUGUGCAGAUAUCGUGAGGACCCGUCCUGUAACCAUUCCCACCUGAACUUCCAUGACACCAGCAUGGUAUACGAUCUGGACUUCCCUGGCGAUGGCUCCCCCUGGCUGCGCAUCAUCAUCUCUGUGGUUUACUGCACCGUGGCCAUCAUCGGACUGCUGGGCAACCUCCUGGUGCUGCACCUUCUCUGCUCCACCCGGACCAUCUUCAAGAGUACCAUCAACUUCUUUGUGUUCAACCUGGCCCUGGCUGACUUGCUGCUCUCCCUGGUGCUGUCGUUCUGGGCAGUAGACAUCGCCCUGGACUACAGCUGGCCUUUUGGUUUGACCAUGUGCAAGGCCGUGUCCCUCCUGACAGGACUCAACGUCUACGCCAGUUGCUUCUUCCUGACCGCCAUGAGCUUGACCCGCUACUGUUCGGUGGCUACAGCGCUCAAGCCCGCUGCACCACUCGGCCGCAAGCUUUGUGAUUCCCGGGUGACCACCGCACUUAUAUGGGCCGGGGCACUGGUGUUUGCUUUACCGCGAGCCCUGUUCGCCGAUCUCAACAGAGUAGGCAUGUCCAGUGACACUGCAUGCCUGCUCAGAUUCCCUAAAGGUACGAAUUGGCUGGCUGUCAACCAACUCCUGAGGCUUCUGUUUGGCUUCCUGUUGCCCUACUUCAUCAUGAUCCUCUCCUACCUACUCAUGCUGCGAUUCCUCUGCCGGCACAAGCUGAACGGGGUCAACCCACGGCGACAGGCUCAUGUCUCCAAAUCCGUGGCAGUUGUGGUGCUUUCCUUCUGUACCUGCUGGUUCCCGUAUAAUGUGCUAACUCUCUGGAGUUCCCUGAUCCAACUGGACCUCACAGAAAUCAGUCCCUCCUACUACUUUGUCCAGACCUACCUCUUCCCCCUGGCAAACUGCCUGGCCUUUACAAGUAGCUGCCUCAACCCUGUCAUCUACUGCCUCAUUCGCAGGGAGUACCGCAAGGCCCUGCGUAGCCUGGUCUUGAAGUCAAGUCUGGCAAUUGCUUCCAAGGACUGCCUCUCAGCAGUCAAGUCCAAUGAGGGCCAGAACCGCGACGGGCAGCUGGGCAUCCCGCUCAACAACAUGGAGAGCCAAACGGCCCAGUCUUACACCAAGAGGUCAGCACUGCCUUCUACCACUCUAUCGCUGGCUCCCAGUCCCAAGAGCCUCUGUCCUCUCAAUGAGCUCACCUGAGGAGGAUAUCACUGACCCUCAGACAUAUAUUAAUUAGAAGCUUCAAUUCAGUUAAAGUUUGUUGGGUUUUUUGCAUGGGUAUGUCCCCCACACGACAAACUUUACCAAAGACACAAAGUUGUCUAUAUUAUGAUGAAACAAAUGUCUUGUUUCCUUUUGUAUGCAUAUACAAGACAAGGAUGUGGAUUUUUGUGGACAUCAUCAGGACAUUCCUUCUCAUUGGCUUUAAAAUUAUGCCAUAGUGUUUUUCUUAAAUUCUACUUAAUUAUGCAAGGUUAAAAAAAAUCUAAUCAGGACACAAGUUAUCAACAUGUUAUUGCAUCUUAUUUUGAGAUGGAGUGUAAAAUAAAUUCUUAAGACAAAAAAUCUGUAGGUAUUCUUCAGCGUCAAAAAACUGAAACUCUUUUUCUGAGGAUGUUUAUUGCAAAUUAACCCAUGGCUCUCAGCCCAAGAGAUGUUUGUUUUGUUAGGGGAGCAUGUUCAGGCACUGGAGGGGUUGGCAGUUAAAACCCAGUGUGGGCCACUUCCUUUAUUGCUGUACAUUGAUUUUGUUGGGGUAUUAUUUUUUGUAGCCUUUUUUAGGCCUCUUUGCUAGAUCUUAAUGAAUUGCAUUUUGAGUCAACAGUUGACUGCUCUUUGGGCAAACAUUGAUACGCCUAAAAACCUAGGGUAUAUGAAUCAGGAUCAGCGCUCCAGUUUUGAUUAAAUAGGAUCCGCGGUCUUUAAAACUGUGUGUGAGUAAAUAGAUGAUCUUCAAGAACCCCAACUAAUUUAAGAAGUCAUUGAAUACAUUUUGAGCAUUCAUGUUAACGUGGUUAUCAUAAUUGUUUGCAGACCUGGGUACAAAUUGGAUUGAGCUUGCCCGGCACAAUGGAACCAAUGGGAUAGUCUCAAAAGUGCAAACAAUCAAACUAUUUGAGCCCAGCUCAGAAUGUUUGUUGCACAUGAAGUCUUAAAUACUUAUCAUUGUUUAGACAACAUCUUAGACAACAUUUACCAGAAAUAGUGGGACAGGAAACACAAUAAUGUUGAAGUAAAGACCCCUGCUGUCACGGCAUUCAGAGGAAGAAGGUGAGGACCAAGGUGCAGCGUGAUACGUGUUCAUAUUAUUUAUUCG